AUGAAAGGAUUAUAUUCUCAAAAAAGGCGAUCCCCUUUCUAUUCGAUUUCAGUACUCCGCCGGCAGUGCAAAAGCUUUGCAGAUUCAGGUUUCCAGGGAUGAAUUGCCUUCACUAUCAUCUUCCUAGAUUCUCUCCCUCGCGAGUGAAAAGCUUACGUGGAUGUUCCAGAAAGCUUUCGUUGCCGUCGUCCUCUGUAGCUACCCCACUGGGUUUGUUAAGAGCUACUGACCAUAGUCCGAGGAUGGUGGUGCAGGCAGUAUAUGGCUCUAAGUCUGAUAUAGGAAAAGAAAGCACCAAAAUGGAGGGAAAAUCUGAUACAUAUAGUCACAAUAUGACAGAAGCAAUGGGAGCUGUUUUGACCUAUAAGCAUCACUUGGGAAUGAAUUAUGACUUUAUCCGUCCAGAUUUGAUUGUUGGAUCAUGCUUACAGAGUGCUGAGGACGUGAACAAUCUUUGCAAGAUUGGAGUGAAAACUAUUUUUUGCUUGCAGCAAAAUCCUGACCUUGAAUACUUCGGGGUUGAUAUUAAUGCCAUUCGUGAAUGUGCAAUCAGAAGUGGUGACAUUGAGCAUGUGCGUACUGAAAUAAGGGAUUUUGAUGCAUUUGAUCUGAGGAUGAGGCUACCUGCAGUGGUUAGCAAAUUACACAAGGCCAUCAAUAGAAAUGGUGGCAUAACCUACAUACACUGCACUGCCGGACUUGGAAGAGCACCUGCUGUAGCGGUGGCAUACAUGUUCUGGGUUCUGGGAUACGGACUCAAUGAAGCUUACAAUUUACUCAUGAGCAAGCGUUCAUGCUUCCCGAAAUUGGAUGCCAUAAAAAGCGCCACUGCUGAUAUUCUUACAGGUUUGAAAAAGAAUCCAAUAACAUUGACAUGGUAUGGGGAUGAUUGUUCCAAUGUGGAAGUCUCUGGACUUGAUAUUGGAUGGGGCCAGAGAGUACCUCUUGAAUUUGAUGAAGGACAGGGUUCUUGGACUCUCCGUAGGGAAUUUCCAGAAGGAAUUUACGAGUACAAGUACAUCGUUGAUGGUGAAUGGGUGUGCAAUAGCGCUGAGCCUAUCACCUCUCCAAACAAAGAUGGCCAUGUCAAUAACUACGUCAAAGUUUUAGACAAUAAGAGAGACAGCUCAAGUGCUGGAAUUCGGGAAAGGUUGUGUGGUGAUGACCCCGAGCUUACUCAAAGCGAACGUGUUAUGAUUAGACGAUUUCUUGAUGAAUUCCCCAUUGAAGGUUGAAAACCAGCACGUGUAAGUUGCUGCUAACUUGUGCUCUACAUGAAAAUGUUUAUAUUUAUAUACUCCAUAAAAAAAAACAUCCAAUGUAAAUGUGCCAAUGAGCUCUCUCUAUAUAUAGUGUGUUUUAAAUUCAGUUGUAAAUGUUGCCUCAAGUAAAUGUUCCAUUUCCUCGAGGAAAUAAUAAUGCGGAAUAAUAAAUGAUAAGAAAUCAAGUUUAUGUAG